AUGAUAAUCCUUGCCCUAGAAACUAGUUGUGAUGAAACUAGUAUCGCCAUUUUAGAAAAUAAAAAAAUACUCAGCAAUAUUACUAUUUCCCAAAUUCUAGAACAACAAAAAUAUGGGGGGGUAAUGCCAAACCUAGCGGCUAAAUUGCAUCUCAAAAAUAUCCAACAAGUUCUCUUGCAAGCCUUAGCCGAAGCCAAAAUCUCCCCCGAAAAAAUUGACUAUAUUGCCUAUACGGAAAAACCUGGACUAAUCAUUUGUCUUCAAAUUGGUAAAAUAGUGGCUGAAACUCUUUCUCUCUAUUUAAAUAAACCACUUAUGCCUAUUAAUCAUUUGGAAGGUGAAACCUUGGAUGAUGCCAUUGGCGAAUGCCUAGAUAAAUCCGCUAUUUUGUUAGGAUAUAAUUAUCCAGGCGGUCCAAUUAUUGAAAAACUGGCCUCGGCAGGAAAAAAUGUUUACCAAUUACCUUUUCCAAAAAAUGACAACAGUCUCGAUUUUAGUUUUAGUGGUCUAAAAAGUGAAAUUAGUCGGUUAGUAAACCAGGAAGGAAAAAACCUAAAUGUUAACAACCUAGCUUGUUCUUUACAAAAUAUUCUGGCUGAAAUACUAACCAAAAAACUAAAAAGAGCCUGGAUGAUUACCCGCUCUAAAACCAUUAUUGUGGGCGGAGGAGUAAUUGCUAACCAAUUCUUACGUAAUUAUUUAACUAAAAAUAUAAAAAAGUGA